AUGCACCUUUUAUCCGAUAAGGAGUCUCUUCUGUCACCCAACAAGUUGCGAGAUUUUUGCUGUCUGUACAAAGGACAUGCGAACACCUUUUUCCUCCGUAGCCGCCCCACGCCGAUAUCGCCGAACUUCCGGGCGCAGGACGAUGACGUUGCUCCCGAGGCGCUUGGGGACGACGAACGACGGCGGCCCGAGAAGGCCAAGUUUCUGCGUGUCGGCGAGGGGGAGCAUAGAGUCGCCGCGGGACAGAACGGCGGCGCGCCUUCCGCACACAGGGGCGCGAGCCCCUCUGGGCGCCCCUGCCGGCCUCUAUGGUGGCGGCCCUCCCGCUGGCCCGGAAGGAAGGCGGGAGAGCGCUGCGGCGACGGGAGCCCGAAGGGGACAAACAUGGCCGGGGCGGCGCUGGCGAGGCUGUGCCGGGGCGCCUGGCCCCACCGCGGCUGCGGCUGCUGCCCCACAGGCCCGGCGCGGGCGGCGGGGGGUCGCUGGGCCGGCGGGCCCGGGGCCCGGAGCCCCUUCGACCGGGGGCUGAAGAGGAAGCAGAAGAACUGGGCGGCCGCGCAGCCCGAGCCCGAGCGCUGCGAGUACCUGCGCCACGAGGUUGGUGGGAGAAUAGCAGACCGUGUCUUUGAUAUUUCUAGGACUUUCUCGCUCGCGUUGGACCUUGGCUGCGGACGAAGCUACAUCGCUCAGCAUUUAAAUAAGGAUGUGGUUGAAAAGUUUUGUCAAGCCGACGUUGCAGAAAACGCGUUGAAAAACACCAUAGAAUCAGAGAUACCCACGGUCAGCGUUGUAGCAGAUGAAGAAUUCCUUCCUUUCAAAGAAAACACAUUUGAUCUUGUGGUGAGCAGCUUAAGCUUGCACUGGGUGAACGACCUUCCCAAAGCACUGCAUGAGGUACAUCAAGUCCUGAAGCCUGAUGGAGUGUUUGUCGGCGCCAUGUUUGGGGGAGACACCCUCUACGAGCUGCGCUGCUCUCUACAGCUGGCAGAACUGGAAAGGGAAGGUGGGUUUUCUCCCCACGUGUCUCCGUUUACUGCCGUCAACGACUUGGGACACCUGCUGGGAAGAGCCGGCUUCAACACUCUGACCGUGGAUACUGAUGAGAUUCAAGUUAACUAUCCUGGGAUGUUUGAACUGAUGGAUGACCUGCAAGGUAUGGGAGAAAGUAACUGCUCCUGGAGUAGGAAACCUCUGCUGCACAGGGAAACCACGUUGGCGGCGGCGGCCGUGUACAGGGAAAUGUAUGGAAACGAUGACGGGACAGUUCCUGCCACCUUUCAGAUCUAUUACAUGAUAGGAUGGAAGUUUCAUGAAUCACAGGCAAGACCAGCCCAGAGAGGUUCUGCGACGGUAUCGUUCGGAGACCUUAAAAAGAUUAACUAGUCUGCUGCAGGAAGGAAU